AGUCAGUGGCAUAUGAUGUGGAUGGACAAGGAACAUAACCUGUAGCCUACGACCACAACUGGUAAUUUGUUACGUAAUUUUCCAGAAGGAGAAUGUUUCGAGUCCGAUGUUUUAGCUGUCACUGAAAAGCACAGAGAGACAGAAUGAACAUUCGCUGUCAGCUUUAUUCUCAAAGGGGAAACAGCAGGUGCACAUCCAAAUAAGUGGAAUGUCAUGAAAGCAUCGCGAUGUCCGUUGAAGAAUGUAGCUAGGUAACCUGGCUUUAUUCGCCGCAUUCAGACUAGAAUUGCCCGGACAAAUAGGCUAUGUCAACCGAACAUGAUGCAGAUAGGUCUUGGGGAUAUGUAACAGUGUUCCUAUUUUCGAUGCGAGUCGUGAUCAGGCAAGACAGUGAACCGACAGGACACUCGAUGAAUUGACAGCACUGCCGCUAUUGGAGGAAAAGACGUGGAUAGAUGCAGAAUUAUUUGCAAAUUUGCUGGGGUAGCCUGUCAUUUGAUGUAGGUGUCAUUGGUUAUAGUAAAGCAAUUUCAUAGCCAAUAGACCGUGUUGCGUGUAUUUUGACAAAUUCCAGGAAAUCCAACAGCGCGUUGGGAGAAUUGCAGUAACACAUUUUUAUCAUAUUGCAGGUCUGAACCAUGAUGCUUUCCAUCGAGGCUGUUUGAUGCUGCUGCUGCUUGGGUAGAGCGGCUCGUUGAAACGACUCUCCGCCCCCCCCCCUCCCCUGUUACCCCCACCCACCAGCCACCAUGUUGAUCAAGGAGUACCGGAUCCCCAUGCCCAUGAGCGUGGAGGAGUACCGCAUUGCCCAGCUCUACAUGAUCCAGAAGAAGAGCCGAGAGGAGAGUUGUGGUGAGGGCAGUGGGGUGGAGAUCCUAGAGAACAAGCCGUAUGAGGAUGGUCCAGGCGGGUCGGGACAGUACACACACAAGGUGUACCACAUCGGGAAACACAUCCCCUCGUGGUUCUGCUCCAUCCUGCCUCAGGCUGCUCUACGCGUGGAAGAGGAGUCCUGGAACGCCUACCCAUACACACGCACACGGUAUACCUGUCCAUUUGUAGAGAAAUUCUCCAUAGACAUUGAGACGUAUUAUAAACCUGACACAGGGACCCAAGAGUGCUUCAAUCUGUCAUCAGCAGAAAAAAGAACAAGGACUAUAGACCCCAUUGACAUUGUGAAGGACUACAUUGCACCCCAUGAGUACCUGGUUGAGGAGGAUCCUAAGCUGUACUUAUCAGAGAAAACCAAGCGAGGACCACUGACUGACGACUGGAUCGAACUCAUCAACCAGAACCCGACCCAGAACACAGUCAUGUGUGCCUACAAGCUCUGCAAGGUGGAGUUCAGAUACUGGGGAAUGCAGUCCAAGAUAGAACGCUUCAUUCACGAUGUUGGCCUGCGUAAGGUGAUGGUGCGUGCCCACCGGCAGGCGUGGUGCUGGCAAGAUGAGUGGUACGGUCUGACCAUAGAGGACAUCAGACAGCUGGAGCUGGAGACUCAGCUAGCCCUGGCCAGGACGAUGGCCCAGUACAGUCUCAGUGACACCGAGGAGGGGGCGGAAGUGACCAACGGGACCCCUGCCACCCCCGACCAGGACCAGGAGGGAGUGAAGGCCCUGGGGGAGGGGGGAGAGGUGGAGGGAGGACGGACAGGGCUGGGAGAUGCGUUACAGACGCGUGGAGAGCUCACCAAGCAGUGGUCAACUUCGUCCAAGUCAUCUAAUAGAUCCUCGAAGAGAGGUGGAAGCCCCGUCCACCAGAACAUCUCAGAGUGGCGGAUGCAGAGUAUCGCUCGUGACUCCGAGGACAGCACGGACGACGAGUUCUUUGACGCUCACGAGGACUUCUCUGGGGAUGAGGAGAUGCUGUUACAUGCCAAGGAGAUGACCAAGUGGAGUUCCAACGACCUAAUGGACAAGAUGGACACUACAGAGAUGGACGAGGGCCAGGAGAGCCUGUAUCAGUCGGGUGAAGAGUAUGCCGCGACCAGUAGUGACGAGAGACUUCUUGAGGAUGGGUCGUCUCAGCAGUGUCUGGCGCCCUCAAAGAUCCACGUUCUCCUCCUGGUGCUUCACGGGGGUAACAUCCUAGACACUGGAGCAGGUGAGCCAAAUAGUAAGCAGGCGGACGUCAACACUCUGACCGGAGCGUUUGAGACAGUGAUGAGGGUCCAUUACCCAGCAGCCCUAGGACGCAUCGCCAUCCGCAUGGUUCCUUGCCCCGCGGUUUGUGCCGAGGCCUUUUCCCUGGUGUCCAAUCUCAGUCCUUAUAGUUAUGACGAGGGCUGCCUCUCCAACAGUCAGGACCACAUCCCUCUAGCUGCACUGCCUCUAUUGGCCACCUCCGCUCCCCAGUACCAGGAUGCCGUGGCUACCGUCAUCCAACGAGCCAAUCAGGUGUAUGGGGACUUCUUAAGGUCCUUGGAAGGGACAUCCUUCUCCGGACAGGUGUGCGUGAUCGGGGACUGUGUAGGUGGUAUCCUAGGGUUUGAUGCUCUGUGCAGCAGUAACGUCACCAUCUCAGAGAGCCAGAGCAGCAGCAGACGAGGCAGCACUGUCAGCGUACAGGACACAGACCUCCUCUCCCCAGGCAUCAUAAUAAACAGUGUCUCUCCGUCCUCUCCGUCUUCUCCGUCUCUGGAGGGCAGUCGCCAUCUUAGUCGCAGUAACAUCGACAUCCCUCGCAGCUUAGGGCCCGACGACCCCAAGACAAUGCUGCCACGCAAACGCAGUGACUCCUCCACCUACGAACUAGACACCAUCAAACAGCACCAGGCCUUCCUGUCCAGUCUCCACAGCAGUGUGCUGAGAACAGACCCGGCUUCGAGGCGCUCCAGCAGCAGUACCAUGCUAGAGGGAGGGGGGGCGCUCGGGAGGCUGGACUUCGAGGUGGCAGACUUCUUCCUCUUUGGUUCUCCUCUGGGGCUGGUGCUGGCGCUGAGGAAGACUGUUGUGCCGUCUAUAGAUGUCUCAGCGUUGCGUCCAGCUUGUCAGCAGGUGUAUAACCUGUUUCAUCCUGCGGACCCCUCUGCCUCCCGCCUGGAGCCCCUCCUAGAGAAGAGGUUUCACCAGCUGCCCCCAUUCUGUGUCCCCCGUUACCAACGCUUCCCUCUGGGGGACGGGCACUCGGCUCUGCUGGUGGAGACGAUGCAGAGUAACCCCCAGCUCCUGUUGGAGUCAGUACCCCUGUCAGUACCCCUGCGUUACCAGGAGGGGGGCGUCAGUGAGACUUCCAUCCCCGUCCCUGUACUCAACUGGCCCCAACAGGCCGCACAGCUCAACGACACUGACGUACUCCACUCCCACUGUGGUGUGUUUGUGGACAGCCAGUACCCGUCCUCCCCGCUGACCGGACCCCCCCACCCCAGGGGCCUCCGUAGGUCCAGCGAGGCCAGCAUCGCCAGCCAGGUGUCAGGCAUGGCCGACUCAUACACCGCCUCUAACAUCGCCAACACUACUAAAUGCCAAAGCAGCCCGUCUAAGAAGCUGGGUCUCCUUUCCCAGCUAGCGCUUCCUAAACUCCCCUCGAGAAGCCCCUCUCCGCGGGCCAGGAAGAAGAUCCGACCCUUCCUCUCUCUCGGACGCACCGACUCAGACCAGGGUGACGAUGACGUCACCGCUGACGUCACUGCCUCUGAUGUCACCUCAGACUUGCCGUCUGACAUCACCGACACGAACUCUGACCCCCCGUCGCCAGACACGCUGAUGAACGUAGAGCAAGUUGCAUCUCGGUGGUGGGGCAGUAAGCGGAUGGACUUUGCCCUGUAUUGUCCUGAUGCCCUCACAGCCUUCCCCACUGUAGCCCUGCCUUACCUCUUCCAUGCGUCGUACUGGGAGUCCACUGACGUCGUCUCCUUCCUACUCAGACAGGUGAUGAGGCAUGAGAACUCGAGUGUUCUGGAGCUGGACGGUAAAGAGGUGACCGAGUUCAAGCCCUCUAAACCCAGAGAGAAGUGGAUCCGCAAGAGGACCCACGUCAAGAUCAGGAACGUGACGGCCAACCACCGCGUGAACGAUGCUGUGUUCUCUGAGGACGGAACACAGCUGGUGAUGGGACGCUUCAUGUAUGGCCCUCUGGACAUGGUCACCCUCACUGGAGAGAAGAUUGACAUCCACAUCAUGACCCAGCCCCCCUCAGGAGAGUGGGUGUACUUUGACACCGAGCUGACCAAUAGCAGCGGACGCAUCUCUUAUGUCAUCCCAGAGAGCAAAAGGCUGGGCAUUGGAGUUUAUCCUGUCAAACUGGUCGUCAGGGGUGACCAUACAUUUGCGGACAGCUACCUGACGGUGUUGCCGCGGGGAACAGACUUUGUAGUGUUCAGUAUCGACGGCUCGUUUGCUGCCAGCGUGUCCAUCAUGGGCAGCGACCCCAAGGUCAGGGCUGGAGCUGUGGAUGUGGUCAGACACUGGCAGGACCUGGGCUAUCUGAUAGUGUAUGUGACGGGUCGUCCAGACAUGCAGAAGCAGCGUGUGGUGGCCUGGCUGUCUCAACAUAACUUCCCUCAUGGAAUAGUGUCCUUCUGUGACGGCCUGGUCCACGACCCCCUCAGACACAAGGCCAACUUCCUCAAGUCCCUCAUCUGUGAGGCCCAUAUGAAGAUAUUUGCCGCGUACGGCUCUACUAAGGAUAUCACAGUGUACUCCUCCUUAGGCCUGCCCCCAUCACACAUCUACAUAGUGGGACGGCCCACCAAGAAGAUGUCCAGCCAGUGUCAGUUCAUCCCAGACGGCUAUGCGUCCCAUCUGUCCCAGCUGGAGUACAGUCAGAGGUCUCGUCCUGCCAAGACCGCCAGCGCCCGUAUUGUUCUCCGUAAGGGAAGCUUCGGACUGGGCGCUGCCGGGGGGGACUACCUCCGCAAGCGCAACCACAUCCUGCGCUCCAUCAACUCAACUGGGGGGGCGGGCUCUAGCUCCCCUGGCCAACCAGGGCGCACGGAACGCACGCUGAGCCAAUGCGAGGUGGAGAGGGAGAGAGCAGGAGCGGGGACCCAGAGGAGUAUGAGUAUAGCAGCUGGGUGUUGGGGCCGCACCGGGAGCACCAAGGAGGGGUCAGGAGGAUUACUCAGCCCAAAAUAGGACUCACCAGACUGGGCUACAGGGGGGAGGGGAACCUGCCUGACUCUACCUGGAGCACUAUGAUCUUUGGACUGGCCCUGAGAGAAAUAUGGAAGAAGUAUGUUUAAGAGAGAGUUAGAGAAAGGAAAGGAUGGGAUGAAAGAAGGAUAAGGUUUACUGAGGGGCGGAAAGUGAGAGGGAGUAGGUGAAAGGAGAGGGAAGGAAAAGGGCAAAGAGGGUGAGCAAGAGGAAGAAGCAGGGUCUAUUGGGAAAUGGAUAUGAAAGGAAUAGAGAGAGAAGAGAUUGUUUGAGUGAAAAGUAAAGCCAGAAAGAUGGGAGGUGCUCUGACUUUGCUGUAAAGAAUCAAAUGACAUUUCUACUGUAGCAUUAGAGUCUCACAGUCAAGACUUUUAUAUAACCUACCUUGGCCACUAAAAGAAAAUAACUGGAAAAUAAAAUAAAUUAAAAUUAAAAACAAACGAUCGUAAGCCUUAAUCGUCACCCCCUGAGGGCCUGGAGUGCCUACCCUUGUCUGAGUAAUGGUUGAAUGUACUCUCUCUACCUAGAGGACAAUGGGAAUUCACACACAUACAAACACCCCAGCUCAGGACAGGCCCGGACAUUGGAGCCACAAAAAUAAGACUCAAAUGGUGAUCUGGAGGUCAGGGGGGGGGGUCAGUCUGUAACCAUGGCAACAAGUCAACAACUUCAUCUGUUUUUAUCCCUCUAUCCGCUGAGAUACACCUCCUUCCUUCCUUCCCUCUAACACCGCUGUCUGGCAAUAAGAAACGAGUCCCCUCACACUGCCAAGAGAAGCACCACUACCCUAUUGAAAGAGAGAGGGAAGAGGAGAAGCAAGAGGAAGAGGGUUGGAAGGAAAGAGAGACAGAGAGAGAUGCAAGACAAAAGGGAGGGAGGGGAAAGGUUAUGGAUGUGAUGGACAAUUUCCUCUAGUCUAUUCCUGGGCCAUUUCUCUACUUUUAUCAUUGUGGUACUACACAGCGAUUUCUACCGUUGACCUUAGCUCAGCUCCAGUCCUUUUCACUCCGUAACAGAGUAGCUACUGUACUGUACCACGUCUUUCAGUAUGGCCUGUGGGCCAUCCCAGGCCUUAAACCCCAAUGACACAUUUAUAAAGUCAGACUCUGAAGGAUCCCAGGACUGAGCUAGACAAGGCUUGUCAUAACAGUAGACAUUAGUGACACUUUUUAAACGCUGAACAAACAGAACACAGCAGCAAUCCCUUUACCAGACCAUCUGCUUGCAAUACCUCUGAGACACCAGUGGGGGAGCAGUGUCUUUCUCUGUUUUCCAAAAGCAUGAUGCUGUUGGUAUUCAUUCAGUUCAUCCUGCGGCGCCUCUUAGCUAUCAACCUCUGUCAUUACACACCAUUCAGUGACACUCCAGUGGACUUCCCUAUGAUGCUCAGAGCUCUUUCCUCCUUGAGGGAUGUGAUGAAUGCUAUUCAUUGGACAUUACUACAUUUCGGUCUGGAAUACUGAAAGUGAUCUAGGCUUUUCACAGUGAUUUAAGCUUUUCAGCGAACCCUCACUAUUCAAAGGACAGAAGCGGGACUUUUCCUGAUUCCUAACAAACAGACGAGAACAGGCGAUGAGGUCACAGGAAGAAGUGUUGUAUAAUGUUCUGAGAGCAGACAGGAUGGCCAGACCUCCUCAGAGGCAGGAAGAUAUGCGUUGAUUCCACUUUAUUUCACAGUUUCCCUAUCCUGUUUUCUUUUUUACCUGGUUUUUACCUAAUAAUAACCACCAUCUGAUACCAAGUUGUUUCCAAUUGUGAUUCAUUAUCUGAAGUACCAGAGAAUAUACAAUGUUAUUACUUAGCAAAUACCAGCUGGUAUCGGACUAUAAAAUAAAGGGUUACUAAUGCUUUCACUAAAGCUAUGGCAACCUGUACAGAGAAUUGUAGAUGAACACCUAACUCUCAUACUACCUGUUAUCUAAUACCUGGCACCUACUGUGUGGUUAAGGUAUUAUCAUUGUAUUCAAUUAUAUCCCCAUUACUAAUCACCCAAAGCCAACAAUCUCUCUCUCUCUAGCGGCUGUAGUAUCUCAACCUGUUCAACCUCGCUGUUGUUUUUUGCACUAGUUUAUGUUGGAGAAUCGUGUUACCGUCUCAUGUCGCUACAUAUUGUUACCUUUUUGUAGUGCAUGACAUAAAAACGAUUCAUUAUUGCAGGGUAUAUGUGCUGCAGUAGUAUGCACACUCGUGUACAUUUAUUCAAUGUCAGGAUUACGGAAUAAUGUAAAAUAACGUGCCAAAAAACGAAACAGUUGUUGGUUGUGGGAAGCUAAUGUACCAGGCUGUAUCCCACCGUUUCUUUGUAUUGUGAGAAGAGUCGGGGCUUGCCAUUGAGAGCAUGACGGCGUGGCUUUAGCUGAAAAGGCACGUGUUCUAUACUGUAUUUUAACAAUGUCAAUCAGAUUACAUCUGAUUUGUAGAUCUUUUUGAAUCCAAUAUAUUGUCCACAUCUAAGGGACAUAAUGGCUAGCUGUAUAGGAUGUGGUUAUGGUUGGACUUUUACUUAUAACUUGAGAGCUUUUAAGCUCUAGCAUAUUGUUUUGAUUCUAGGGAUAUGCUACUAUUGCCAACUUGUAUUUAGUGCAACCUGUUAUGACACCACUCAAGCGCAGUAGCAUAGGUGAUGAUUGUUAGUUAAAGCAAUAGUUCACUUCAAAAUCAACUUUUUUUUUUGUUGUCAGACAUUGAUCAGACCUAUUAAAAAGAGGUUGUAACGUCAGGUCUCUGUCCCACACCAUUGGUUGUGUAGAUCCAGCUGCAUAAUGUCACUUUUGAGGUUUGACCAAGUCGUACAAACUUUGAUCUUUCAGUGAACUACGAUUUUAAUAAAGGAUGUAGACUAGAGCUGUAGGUGACUAUCUGAAAGGCACUAGGGAAGGUAUUGGAUACAGCCAUACUGUUUUCCCUCUGGCCUGUGGUCUGGUGAUGAUGAGCUGAAUGUCCUCUUGCUACAGGCUUGGAGAGCCCAGACUUUACAAUGAUCCAUGGAUAUGUCUGUCUGUCUGUCUGUGUAGAUACUGUAAAAAUGAUAUUGUAUAUGUAGGAAUAUAAUGGUUGAGAGGUAUUUAUUUACGCAACAUGAGUUUAAUUUCUAUUAUGGAUCUUUCAGGUGAACAAUAUUUGAAUAUGUAGCGUUUUGUUUAUGAUGAGAACCAACAGUCAGUGGAAGGUGUGUAUUUUCUUUGCCAAUAUUAUUGUUUCAGUCGCAGGGUAGCAUAACCACAACAAGCCACAGACAGAGACAAUCUAUCGAACAUGCACGAGUAUAGACAACAUUAACAACAUCCACUCUCCCACCCCUUCACACUUCUGCUGUCCCUUUACAAAGGUUAACUGUUAAAGGUUAAAUUAUUUUAUAGUGAAAACAAAACUAUUUUUCAAACCGGACCAUUUUACAAAGCCUUGACAAAAUACUGUAUUGCUUCCUAUCUUCUGUGAAGGCAGAUUUUUUCCCCCUUCAGAAUGAAGAAAUGUUUGAUUGUGAAUAUGUCAAUGAACCUUUUAUUUUACCUGUAAUAUGUGGUGUUUAAAAUAAUUCAGACUGGGUUAGCCAUCAAUAUUGUAUACAGUAGUUAUAUAUCAAUUAUGUUAACCACUAACCCUUAUAGUAUGUCUUGAAAUGUAAAUGUAUUCGGAGAAUAUUAGAAUUAUUGCCACUUUAGUAGCAGUCUUGCAUGUACUGUACUAUUAGAUGCCAGUUUUACACUCAGUACAGAACAUGUUUUCUACUUUAUGGGGCCACGUGUGUGACUGAAGAGUUAUUAUAGUUCAAUGCCUUGUAGAUAUGUAAAGGAUAAAUAAUCAACAAAGGGCUAUGCGUUCUAUGGAAAAUAUUGAAGAUAUUUCCAGAGAACGCAUAGAGGCCCGAGUUGAUUAUCCUUUUUAUACCAUGGCUAUAAUUGGAACACAUUUGCCACUGAGAAUGUGUUCAUUUGUUUACUAGAUAGCUACAACAGUUGCCUUGGUAAACAAACAGACUUGCUAGUUUAGCUAACCAAACCCUAGAUCAAACCAUCAGUGCUAGCUUGCUAUUAUGAAAAUGUAAUUCAACAAUGCCAAUGAUGUUUUUAAUUCGACUUUUGCUUUGAAAAGCAGCUCAAACAUAGAGCAUGUAAGAAUUAACUAUAGCCAUUGAAUUCUACCGUGCUGAUAUACCCUGUGUUAUAGGGAAAUAAUGCACGCUCUAGAAUGCCCUUCAAGCCAAUCAGAAACAAGUAUUCAACAACGCCAUGGAUAAGUCACAGUCGGUAUUAAAUAGUAUUACAUUCUUGUUGUCUGCUUGUUUAAGUCAAUUACAAAACUACAUUUGAGAAAAGUACAACAUGCCUAUAGAUUGCUUUUCAACAUCGCCUGCUCCCGAGCAUUUUCUACUCAGAAAUACGUAAUAUUGUAAGGCUUCCCUCACGCGCCUUUUCAUGACGGUGCUAGGAGGCGAUGACUAAGUGCUAGCUAGCUACCGACCGGAACAUUAAGCUAGCCAAGACCAACAACAUAAACAAACGGAAAACAUUUAAUCACAGGUAAGACAUUUAGUAUAGUCCGUUUGUAACUCAACUCACUACUUAUAGCUGUAUUGUCCGUUUGUUUGUGUUGUUGGUCUUGGCUAGCUUAAUGUUCCAGUCGGUAUAUAGCUAGCUAGCACACUACUCGUCUGGCUGUUAGUGCUGUUAUUAAAAGGGGCAUGAGGGAAGCCCUACAAUAUUACACUUUUCUAAGUUGUGAAAAUACUUGGGAGAAUUCAAUGUUGAAAAGUAAUCUUUAGGCAUGCUGUACUUUUCUUAAAUGUAGUUUUGUAAUUGACUAAAACAAGUAGACAAAGACAAAAUUGUGUUUGAAAAAGGUUACGUUUUUGCUGUGAGCCAAUGGCGUAACCAAGGUGAUGGUUGGAUUGUUUUCCCCCUAGGCGGACGGGGCCGCGACGUUCUAUCUAAUACCGACUAGGAGUAUAAACAGGUAUAACGAGAACUAUAUAACAAUGUGUUCAGUCGGUUCUGUGCUAACGUUCCACUCCUUGUCAUGGAUGUGGCAACGAGUGUAUUGCACAAACAGAAUGCAUUUCAGGCUGGCAAUGUGUACCCACGGUGUAAUUAACACUGUACCUGCUUAUGUAGCUGCCAUGUAAAUACAUAGAUUUCUGAACAUUUUGUUCAUAUACUGUAAAGUGGGACCAAUAUAUUUAGCUACAUACAGUAUACAUAAAAUGUAUGUCAUUUACUCAAGCAUUAGUAAUAUAAAAUGUAUACAAGCUUUACUUGAUUAUUUCCAUGAACAGAUUGGGAAUGUUUUGUAUUAGUACAAUGCAGUUAUGAUUAUCAUAGCACUGUAAAUAUACAUAUACAGCGCAUUCGGGAAGUACUUUUUCCAUAUUUUGUUACGUUACAGCCUUGUUCUAAAAAUGAUCUAAAAUCAAUCUACACACAAUAGAAAUUGUUGCAAAUGUAUUAACAUUAAAAAAAAAAAACUGAAAUAUAAAAUGUACAAAAGUAUUCAGACCCUUUACUCAGUACUUUGUUGAAGCACCUUUGAGAGCGAUAAGAGCUCGAGUCUUCAUUGGGUAUGAAGCUUCGCACACCUGUAUUUGGGGAGUUUCUCCCAUUCUUCUCUGGAGAUCCUCUUAAGCUCUGUCAGGUUGGAUGGGGCGUGUCACUGCACAGCUAUUUUCAGAUCUCUCCAGAGAUGUUUGAUCGGGUUCAAGUCUGGGCCACUCAAGGACAUCAGAGACUUGUCCCAAAGCCACUCCUGCGUUGACUUGGCUGUGUUGUCUGAGGUCCUGAGCGCUCUGGAGUAGGUUUUAAUCAAAGAUCUCUCUGUACUUUGCUCCGUUCAUCUUUCCCUCGAUCCUGACUAGCCUCCCAGUCCAUGCCGCUGAAAAACAUCCCCACAGCAUCAUGCUGCCACCACCAUGCUUAAUUAACCUUAGGGAUGGUAUUGACCAGGUAAUGAGCGGUGCCUGGUUUCCUCCAGACGUGUCUCUUUUUUAAAUUUUAUUUUUUAACCUUUAUUUAACUAGGCGUGUCAGUUAAGAACAAAUUCUUAUUUUCAAUGACGACCUAGGAACAGUGGGUUAACUGCCUUGUUCAGGGACAGAACGACAGAUUUGUACCUUGUCAGCUCAGGGAUUUGAACUUGCAACCUUUCGGUUACUAGUCCAACGCUCUAACCACUAGGCUACCCUGCCGCAUUCAAGCCAAAGAGUUCAAUCUUGGUUUAAUCAGACCAGAGAAUCUUGUUUCUCAUGGUCUGAGAGUCUUUAGGUACCUUUUGGCAAAUUCCAAGCGGGCUGUCUUGUGCCUUUUACUGAGGAGUGGCUUCCGCCUGGCCACUCUAACAUAAAGGCCUGAUUUGUGGAGUGCUGCAGAGAUGGUUGUCCUUCUGGAAGGUUCUCCCAUCUCCACGGAGGAACUCUGGAGCUCUGUCAGAGUGACCAUCGGGUUCUUGGUCACCUCCCUGACCAACGCCCUUCUCCCCGAUUGCUCAGUUUGCCUGGGCAGCCAGCUCAAGGAAGAGUCUUGGUGCUUCCAAACUUCUUCCAUUUAAGAAUGAUGGAGGCCUCUUUGUUCUUGGGGACCUUCAAUGCUGCAGAAACUGUUUGGUACCCUUCCCUUUGACCCAAUCCUGUCUCGGACAAUUAGUUUGACCUCAUGCCUUAGUUUUUGCUCUGACAUGCACUUUCAACUGUGGGACCUUAUAUAAACAGGUGUGUGCCUUUCAAAAUAAUGUCCAAUCAAUUAAAUUUACCACAGUUGGUCUCCAAUCAAGUUGUUGAAACAUCAAGGGUGAUCAAUGGAAACAGGAUGCACCUGAGCUCAAUUUCUAGUCUCAUAGCAAAGGUAUUUAUGUUUGUUAUUUUUCAUAAAUUUGCAAAAAAUUCUAAAAACCUGUUUUCGCUUUCUCAUUAUGAGGUAUUGUGUGUAGAUUGAGGAUUUUUUCAAUUAAAUUCUAUCAAUUUUUGGCUGUAACGUAACAAAAUGUGAAAAAAGUCAAGGGGUCUGAAUACUUUCCAAAUGCACUGUGUGUGUGUGGUAUGUGUGUAUAUAUAUAUAUAUAUAUAUAUAUAUAUAUAUAUAUAUAUAUAUGGUAACAUAUAUUGUUCGAGGUGGCAAUAAUUUAAGUACAUUUUGAGUAUAUGCAGUUUAUUUGACAUAAGUGCAUAAUCAUAGAAUUAAUAUUUGAAUUUGAAGGCAUGUACAUAAAUUAAAUAGUGUUCUGUACCUCUUACAAUCUCACCCAUUUCCCUUUGUAUUUUGUAGCAGGUCUGGAUUUCAAAUAGGCAUUAUUAAAGAAGUCUGUAGGAAGUAUACUUAUGUAAUUGAUGUGGCACUCUUAUUCAAAACACCACCAACAUCAGAAUUGCUUCUUUGGGUAGUUUUGAUACCAAGUUUAGUUUUCAAAACAAGGAGUGGCUACAAUGUUUAGAUAUGUAUGAACAGUUCCUUUUGACUUUUUCAAAAUGUUGUGUUACAAAGUGGUAUUAAAAUUGAUUUAAAUGUC